AUGCCGCGGAUCCAAUUGCAGUCCGUCAACCACUUCUCUGCAUGGCUGCACGAUGAGAUCUUGACCGAGGUGCCGUUCGGCCUGUCCCUGCGGCUGCGUCCUCUACCGAUGCAGGGGUCCACAGCUGUCUCGGGGGGCGGAUUUGUAUUGGCGAGACCUCACGUAGGACACGUAAUUGCCUCUUUGACCGCAGAGACAUCGGGGGUGCCAGAAGCGCCGGCGACCGACGACGGCGGCGCCGUGGAGGCUGUAGAGCAGGAGGCUGCAGAGGUGUCACGCUCCCUGUCGGGACGCGUCCAUUCCACCAUCGACUGGUACACGCUUUUUCUGAAAACGUUGCUGCACCUCACCAGCACAAACGGGUCGCCUCCUCGCCACACUGGUGCAUCUUCUUCGCCAUCUUCGACGUGCGUUGUGGCAGCGACGGACGGGGUGGGCCGCAAGACCACCCUCUACGCAGCGAUGCUGUCGCACUGCGCGGAGUGGUGGGACGCUGGCAGGGCGAUGGCGCCCAUCAGCGCACGUCUCUGGCACCACAGCCCGCCACUGCAAUGGGCAGUGUCGCUGCGCAGGCCGUUUGUCUUCUUCGAUGAGACAUCAGAGGCAGCGGGACGUCUCGCCGACCCAUCGAGGCUUAGCGGAAGAGGCAGCGCCGACGGUGGCGCCCGCCGACGCUUGCUGCGCGUACUGCGCCUCCUCAGCGCUCGCGGGGGCUGGCAGCUCUGUGUACGGCGCUCUUCCCGAGGCGGCGCUGCUCGCACCAUUACCACCACCUCUUCGACCUUGUUGCACCAGGAGGAUGAGGGGUCGGUUCACGUGGACUGGCUCGACUAUCUCACAGAGCGAUGCGUGGAAGUGGACUUGCGGCCAGCUGGAGAUUACGAUGACUUUGAGUCUCUGCUGCGAGGCACCGCAUCACACAUGCGGCUCGGCAGUAGUUCAACGGCCCACCCCACACCCAUUACCACGUCGUCAGCGCGCACGAGAAGCUGCGGCUUCGCGUGUGCCGUGCCCGAUGUCUUUGUCCCUCUUAGCGCUGUGCUGUGGCAUGUUCUGUCCACCGAGGUGGAAGGCCCUGUACUGGAAACCUUGCACGGACUGCUGCGCCAGUAUCUGUGCUGGCCCUUUCUUGCCCCCCCGGACUGCGCCAGGGAUCCCUCGACGACGUGCAGGAGUGACGUGACCAGCAUCUUGCGGUACGCAUACCACGCGCUGCAGACGCUGGUGCACACGCCAGAGCAGGUCUUCGCUUGUGAGUUGAUGCACUCUGACCGGAAUGGCACCGCUUCCUGCACGGCGCCAGCGCUGCCGCCGCCCCUGGCAGGUCCCGUCACGCUCUCCUGCAUGAUACCCAACAGCGUUUGCCUCGCACCACUUGCCUGUGACAGCGCGUCCUCGCGCUUCUUCCUUCAAGGACCCCCUGCGUCGGUGGCGCCUGACGGCAUGGUACUGCGUCGGCAUCCACUUCGCGUGCUGCUGCUGCGCGUCGAUCCAGAAGGCGGCUGGCUGCCACCGCCAGAGACGUUGACCAGUCAGCGCACCCUUCACGCCUCGUUUGAUGGACAGAGGGGCGAAGCGUGUGACAGCGACGAAGGUUGUGAGGAUGGCGACAACGAGAUGGACGACAACUUUGCAUUACGGGAGGCCCGCGGAGCAGGCAGGCGGACUGUGGCGCGCCCAGGCGCAGUUGCGCCCCGGCAGAGAACGGUUCUCACCUCGCCGCCAUCGCCCUCCCUUUGUGCGGAUCGCUCCACCACAGAGGAUCGAGUGGUAUCUAUGCUGACGGCGCAUGUCAUCCGUAGGGGGCCCUUCGCGCAAGCGGUCACGUCGGCCCGCAACCUUGAUCAAUGCCUCUGGCUUGCUGCAAUACGGCUGUUCGUCUACGCACUCCUUCACGACGCGCGUGUUGUCUUCACCCCGGAGAGGCUGCCCACCUUUGUGAAGGUGUUCGGCUACCGCCACCUUCCCCAGCUGCACCAGCGACUCUGCGAGGUUCGAGGGGCGUUCAGGGAAGGUGCAGCAGACGACGGUGCUUUGUUGUUCUGUGCGGACGCCGCGGACCCCCCCACGAGAGCUGCUGCGGUUUCGCUGCUGGACGCGGCGUGCCAGCGUGAGCCGCCGAUUGCCGUGUACGUUGUGGACCAGGUCUCCCUGAGCGGCUUCUCGAGGCUGCAAGCGAGGAGCAGGGUUUCGGGGACGACCAGCGCUGAUCGUGCUGUGCCCUCGGCGCCCUCUUCUCUGCCGCUCCUCCCGGUAGUGCUGUGCUGCAAUGUGCUGCGCCAUCCGUGCAGCUUCGACGAAGCAUGCGGCUCGAGUCGACCUAGCGGCAUCUGUGAGGUGACUUACUGCGGGGUGCUCGACGUGAUAGAGCUGUGCCAUAUUUCUGCUUUCUUGCAGUCGCAGCACUCCCCAUGCUCUGCAGAGAAGUUCGCGAUGAGGUGCGCUGCGGUGGUUGCCUCGGAAGAAGGGGGCGCGUCCCGGCUGUACGGCGGCCGCGUGUUCAUUGCGGCGCUGCACCCUAUAGUCACGCCUUCUUUGACCGACGUGGAUGAUCGCUUCCGCACACUCACUGGUGAGCGGGGUGCGGAUCCGCGAGCAAGAUGUGGCGGCGACGCGGACGCCUGGAAAGCUGCGGUUGUCGAGUCAGAGCUGUGGCAGCCGCUGCUACCUUCUGUUCUUCUCUUGGCUCCGAUUCAGCAGCAGACCAUGCUGUACGGGGCACUGCUACGCAAGGCGGCCUUGGCACUGCUGGAGGCGCUGCCGAGCCCUUGCACAAGUAAGACCUACAUGUCGACUUCUAUGCGGGAUACAACUCGCACUGCCCGUGCAAGCAUUCCCGGUGUCGUUCGCGGCGGCGGUGCCUUCUUCGUGUCUCUGGCGAGACAGGCACGAUGGUUAAUGCGGCGGCUCUCGCUGUCGCCGGCCUGUGCCGAUGCCGCGGCGACGUUCGCGGGUGUGGGCGUCGCGGGCUCGGAGCCUUUCGCAUCCCCUGACGCCGUUUCGUGGGGCAUCGGCGUUGCUCUGCAGGACCACGCCACAGUACGCUUCGUGCUGGCAAUCCUGUGCGAGUCAUGUGCAGCGAUGGUGACUCGACUAGCGGAGCCGCUGACUGAGUGGAGCGCUGCGUCAGGACCUGCAUUGUCUCCACUGUACAGUGCCCGAGCCUCUCCGCCUCCUCGUGGGCCGCAUGCCCGACGACGAUUGUGGGUCGAGGCCCUCCGCGCUGCUGUCGAGGCAUCUUCGACGGUACCCGGCCAACCUGUGCUGCAUGCCUACCACGAAAACGUGGACGUGAUGUUCUCGGAAGCGGCGAACGGCACCGCUUUCGACGCGUGCCUUGGCGCACCAACGCUACACGAGCGCGCUAUGCAGUGGUUUGCCUCUGGCCGCCGGCUCUCCUCCUCCAUUUCACAAUCCGGCGCGGACGACGACGCUUGCACGCACCGCGGCGGCUGCGCUACGGAGCCGCCAUUGUCCACCUAUCUUUUUCUGGAGCCUCUGCACACAAACGUGCGCGCCGUGCGGGAAGCUCUCGCGCUCGUGCUGCAUACGCUCUCUGCUACCGUACCCUAA